CAGCAUGUUCUAGCUUUUGAUGUCCCAGCUGCAAGAACCUGAGAUGCACAGGAAAAUUAUGGGUUUGAUAAUAUGUGAAGAUUGCUUAAGAUAGUUUAGACUUAGAGAGGUGAGUUACUGGUCAUCAACCACCAAAUAAUGGCUGUAGCCCUGUAGCCGAUAGCAGUUCCAAAUCUUGCACAAGCAUUUUAGUGCCUGUAUGGUUUAUAAGUAACUUCACUGGUCUCUCCCUGUCCUCUGAUGAUGAUUCCAUGGAGUUCAACGGUGUCUCCCUUUCUGAUAAAGUUUGUUGUCAGCUGAAGACGCAGGGUUGUGUUUAUGGUAAAAUAUACGGGCAAUGUGGUAGAGAUGGGAUUAUGGAACUUGGGAUUAUCUCUCGGUGCAAAAAUAUUUUUAAUUAAAAAUAUAAAAUAUAUACAAAUAAUUUUUUCUUAAAUUUUUUAUUUUUAUAUCAGAAUAUAAAAAACAUUGAACCACACAAAAUUGUUUCAAGCUCAUCUUUGCUAAAAUACGGCUUUCAAACUUGCCGCCGACACAACUCCAAGUACAUGUUUUUUCGCGCUAGGAGGGUUUGCUCCGAGAUCAUAAACUCAAAAAGAAUUUGAAGUAGCUUAAUCUGAGCCGUUGAUUCAAUUUAAUGGGUCAAAGUAAAUGUCUACUACGGCCAUGACUCAACUACUAGUAUGUAUAGUAGGAAAAUGGAGACAAGGGGACCAUGCAUGUUAUGCCCGAAUCUCGAGGAUGCCAAACGCUAUCAGAGCCAUUCUUCUACUCUCUCUCUCUCUCGAUCUUCCAUCAAACUGAAUAAAAAAAAAAAAAAACACGUUUCUAUGUUAUUGUAGCAGUAUUUUUCUUUUUUCAUGGUUUAGUUUGUAAGUGAAUUUAUUUUUACGUGUUUCCUAGGUAAUUAGAAAGAUUCAAUAUAGUCAUAGUAAGUUUGCAGGUGGGGCGUUUGUCUUGAGGACAUCGAGACAACAUCCAAAUCCAAUUAGUCCUAUUAUCUGCUCUUUUGCUACACUCCUGUCAGAAACAAAAGUUGGCUUUCUCAUCGGGACAGGAAGUAAUGGCGGCCAUUUUGUUCCACAUCUUUUUAGCAGUCUUUUGGGUCCAUUUUGCUCAAGCAACUGGUAGUCUUCUUUCUCCAAAGGGUGUUAACUAUGAGGUGGCCGCAUUGAUGGCUGUGAAGAAAGAAAUGAGAGAUGAGUCCGGUGUUAUGAACGGUUGGGAUUUGAACUCUGUUGAUCCUUGCACUUGGAAUAUGGUCGGUUGCUCUCCUGAAGGCUUCGUCUUCUCCCUGGAAAUGGCAAGUGCAAGAUUAUCAGGAACUCUUUCGCCUAGUAUCGCGAAUUUGAGUCACCUAAGAACAAUGUUAUUACAGAACAAUCAUUUAUCUGGUCCCAUUCCAGAAGAGAUCGGAAAGCUCUCAGAUCUUCAAACUCUUGACCUCUCAGGUAACCAGUUCGUUGGUGGUAUUCCGAGCUCUUUGGGAUUUCUGACCCAUCUAAGUUACUUGCGACUCAGUAAAAACAAGUUAACUGGGCAGAUUCCAAGACUGGUGGCCAAUCUUACUGGACUUUCAUUCUUGGAUUUAUCAUUUAACAAUCUUAGUGGUCCAACUCCAAAAAUAUUAGCAAAAGGUUACAGUAUUGCUGGGAAUAGAUAUCUUUGCACUUCCUCACAUGCACAAAAUUGCACGGGUAUCUCAAAUCCAGUGAACGAGACACUUUCAUCUGAGCAAGCCAGAAGUCAUCAUCGGUGGGUGCUCUCUGUUGCCAUAGGCAUCAGCUGCACUUUUGUGAUUUCUGUCAUGCUGCUUGUCUGUUGGGUGCAUUGGUAUAGAUCUCGUCUACUCUUCAUAUCAUAUGUGCAACAAGAUUAUGAAUUUGAUAUUGGUCAUUUGAAGAGAUUUUCUUUCCGUGAACUACAAAUUGCUACAAACAACUUUAGUCCGAAAAAUAUCUUAGGGCAAGGUGGAUAUGGUGUGGUUUACAAAGGAUGUCUCCCAAAUAAAACUUUCAUUGCAGUUAAAAGGCUGAAGGAUCCAAAUUUUACUGGAGAAGUGCAGUUUCAAACUGAAGUGGAAAUGAUUGGCUUGGCUUUACAUAGAAACCUCUUAUGUUUGUAUGGCUUCUGCAUGACACCUGAUGAGAGGUUGCUUGUUUAUCCUUACAUGCCAAAUGGCAGUGUUGCUGACCGCCUGAGAGAGACCUGUCGAGAAAAACCUUCUUUAGAUUGGAACAGACGGAUACACAUUGCCCUUGGGGCUGCCCGUGGACUUCUAUACUUGCAUGAACAAUGCAAUCCAAAGAUAAUUCACAGGGAUGUUAAAGCUGCGAACAUUUUACUUGAUGAAGGUUUUGAAGCUGUAGUUGGGGACUUUGGUCUUGCUAAGUUGUUGGAUCUUAGAGAUUCACAUGUGACAACUGCGGUGCGGGGGACUGUAGGACACAUUGCACCCGAGUAUCUUUCAACUGGGCAAUCAUCUGAUAAAACUGAUGUUUUUGGAUUUGGCAUACUACUUUUGGAACUUAUAACAGGGCAAAAGGCAUUAGAUGCUGGAAAUGGCCAGGUUCAGAAGGGAAUGAUUCUUGACUGGGUUAGAACUUUGCAUGAGGAGAAGAGGUUGGAAGUGCUAGUGGAUAGGGAUCUGAAGGGAUGUUUUGAUGUGUCCGAGCUGGAAAAAGCUGUGGAUUUGGCUCUGCAGUGUACUCAGUCACAUCCUAACCUUCGGCCAAAAAUGUCAGAAGUCUUGAAGGUCCUAGAAGGUAUUGUUGGGCAGCCUGCAAUUGAGGAAUCACAAGGUGCAACUAGUAUUGGUGAGGCAAGGGCAUGCAAUUGCUCAAGGCAUUGUAGCGAUGUUCAUGAGGAAUCUUCUUUCAUCAUUGAAGCAAUGGAGCUUUCCGGACCUCGAUAACCUGGAUUAACGCACAUGGCAUGCAAAUGCAACUUAUAAUUGACCAUCGUUACCAAGAACUUGCUUCCCUCCUCUUAAAUCCUACCAUACAGCUUGAUAAUGGGUGGCUGUCAUUGCACAUGCCAUCUCUAUAUUCUGUUGUUAGCCCCAUGGCUUUUCCUCAUAAUUGAAGACUGUUACUUGUACAACCUGGCUGACACCAAUCAGUAGGGGCGGCCUACUGUCCUUUACUUAUGGUGAAGAAGGGAGUCUGAUCAUUAUCUGUGCGUGGUUUGUGCUCAAGCUGGGGUUCGGUUAGGAUUCACGUACUGAAGUGAAAACGCACUUUGUGAAAAUUCCCUGGGUCCAAAUGCCACCAGUCCUGUAGUCUAGCAUUGAAAGGGAAAUAGUAAGAGGUGGUAUUAAGAUAGAUAAUGAUCUCUAUCUCCAUUUUUGUUCUGAUAGCACCCUCCUCUGCCUCUAUGGUCUCACCGCCCUUGGACUUUCUGGUCCUUCAAUUGCGCCUACUUUUGACGAGGGGAUCCAAAUUUCAAGAAAGAGGGCCGGCUUCCAUGUGAUAAAGAGGACUGCAGAGUAGUUAAAAGGAGAGUAAAUUUAGUAACGUUUUGGAUUUCAGAAAAGAAACACACACUAGUGAGCAACUUGAGAUGAAGUCGAUCAGCUGGCCGAACCACUCCCCAAGGACUAACAUUUUUCCAUAGCAAAAAUACUGACACAUGAACAGUUUAUGAAAAAAAAAAACCCUACAAUACAUUAUCAUUUUAGACACGAAGAGGGACUUGAUUCGGGU